AUGUCAGACGCAAUUACAUACGAAGUUAAGGGCCGUGCGGCAAUUAUCACCUUAAACAAUCCUAAGAUUUUAAACGCACUCACAUAUCAACAAUAUGACGAAAUCUGUGGAUUCUUAAACCGUGCCAAGGAUGAACCAGACACCGUCAUCACAUUAAUUCAAUCUUCAGGUAGAGCAUUCAGUGCCGGGGCAAAUGCAGCUGCUAUUUCCAAAUUGGAUAAUAAACUUGAAACUUGGUUAGAUAAAUCAAUUGCAAGACAAGUUUAUCUUGUUCAAACUUUUGCUCAACAUAAGAAAAUCCUUGCUGUUGCACUUAAUGGACCUGCAAUUGGACUUUCGGCUGC